UUAUAAUCAGACGUGUGUUUCGUCAGUGUGACACGUCUUUGCCUGGUAAACAUGUCGCUUACCUGCUUGAGAUGCAGUCGCCUUUUGUAUUCAAAUGUUGCAUUGUCAGUGAAAGGCACCUUGAAGCAAAGGGUAUCCCUCAAACACACGAAGGUGGCGACCCCACCAAACAAAUUCAUCGACAUCUACAGAGAUUAUCAUGGCCAUUUACCUGACGAAGAAUCCGCCAAAGACUUUCUUGUCGCAAUCGAUUCCAAGGAAAGAGAACUUCUUCUACAGAGUCUGCUUCAUUUCGAAGAAGAUGAGAAACAUGCGGGUAAAGUGAUUAAACAACAACCGUCAACUGUCGAUCUGAGACGACUAAGGGAGCUCCUGGCAUCUGGGUACCCAUCCAGGCUUUGCAGUUUUAACUUCACACCACUUGUCUUCCACCAUUAUGGUGUAAAUCUCUGUAAGCCACAUGUUGGAAAUUUCAUUGUGAAUUCUUUUCUUACAGCUGAAGCUGCACCUCCAACUAAAGAUCAACUUCGUCUAGUCUUACUGCACAAUGCUCUUCCCUUUAUUGGGUUUGGAUUCCUGGACAACUUUAUGAUGAUAGUAGCUGGUGAAUAUAUCGACACAAUGUUUGGGGCAGUGCUGGGCAUAUCUACAAUGACAGCCGCUGGUCUCGGUAAUAUGAUAUCGGAUGUGGCUGGUGUAGGGUCUGCCUCAUACGUGGAGACGAUGGCUGCUAAGGUGGGUGUGAAGGCUCCCCCGUUGACCCCACAGCAGAUCCUGUUGAAGAGAACUCGCCGCUACUCCAACCUGGGCAAAAUGCUGGGCGUGUCCAUCGGCUGCUUUAUCGGCAUGUUCCCUUUGUUGUUCUUCAAAAAGGAUGAGUGUGAUGGGAAUCAUGAACCUGGCCCAAGCACACCCGUCGCGGAACAGACAAAGAAAUGAAUGUGUUCUGUACCCAGAGCAGGUC